GGAGUGGUUGUUUCGCAUAUUUAUCCAAGCGAAGCAUUCCUUACACCUGAGGUACAGGUGUUAGUGCUGGGGCAGUGAUAACAGGAGGGAAUAGAGAAUAGGCGGAGCUAGUCGUUGUCAUCCUACAGCCAAAGACAUCUUUCACAAGAUGGAAAACCUCUCUGGGUAUUUAUUGUUUUGUAUUCUGACUGUAGUAGGAAAUGUUUCUGGAUACCCUAAUGGACAGGUCAGUUCGUCUUGUAUUUCAAUGCAGCCAAGCCAUGGUGUUAAUGCACAAACAAGUACACCUCCAUACAGUAUUAUUGUACAGAAGACAAACUACAGUGCAGGAGAUAACAUUACAGUGACAAUACAAGGUAACAACAUUCAAACAUUUAAAGGAUUUCUGGUACGGACUAGAACAGCUUCAAAUGAUGCACCAAUUGGCACAUUCAUCAGCACUGACUCCUCAGCUCAGGCUAUCUCUUGCAGCAGUCUAUUGGAUGGUGCUGCAAGUCAUACGUCUAAUUUGGCAAAACAGAAGGUCGAAGUGCAGUGGUUAGCACCUCAGAGUUCUGAAGAUGUGCAGUUUAAAGUCACUGUUGUUCAGUCUAGAAAUAUAUUUUGGUCCAGUAUUCUUGGUCCAACACUAAAGAGUACCAGACAAGGUGGUUCUCCCAAUAUUAGUACUACUACCUCUUCCGGAUCAUUACAAACACAAUCAAAGCCUUCUGCUGCAGAUUUGAUCUCUAGAGAUGGUUGCAGCACAUCCAAAUUCUGCUUUACCAGCCCAUCUGGAUGUGAUCCCUUGUCUGAUUCAAGCUGUUAUUUCAUGUCCUCUGCUGCAGUUGACACUGAUGGCUUGCGUAUUGAAAUAAGUGGUCCUUCCACAGGAUAUAUGGCUGUUGGUUUCUCUGAUGACCAGAAAAUGGGGAGUGAUGACAUCUAUACAUGUCUACAUGAUAAUGGACGCAUUAUAAUUCAGCAUUCAUAUUCUACAGGAAGAUCUCCCCCAACUGUUUUAACACUGAACAAUGUCGAUAACAUUACAACAUCUUUCAACAAUGGUGUCAUCAAGUGUAGUUUUAUCACAAGAAAUCAAAUAUCAACACAGCAAAGAGCCUUCACAGAUAUGUACUACAUAUUUCUUGCUCAAGGGCCAGUUGAAAGUGGAAAUAUUAGAAUACAUUCCCAAAUUCCUUUCAUAACAGCGAGCAAAGUAAACAUCACUGGCUUUCAAGAAUCUUCCAGUAACAGCAAUGGACGACCUUCUGCCAUUAAAGCACACGGUGCUCUCAUGUUGAUAUCUUGGAUGACAACUGCAAGUAUUGGAAUGCUGAUAGCGAGAUAUUUUAAGGAAGCUGCAAAAGAGCUUGUUGGUGGAAAAGCAAUUUGGUUUCAGGCACAUUUGUCGCUGAUGGUACUCACUGUGAUCACAACAGCAAUUGCAUUUAUAGUGGCAUUUGCUGAAGUACAGGGAUGGAGUUAUAACAGAGGAGCACAUCCUGUUCUUGGUUGCAUUGUCAUGGCUCUUGCUGUAAUUCAACCAUUUGUAGCUAUCUUUCGACCUGCACCGCAAAGCAAAAGGAGACCCAUCUUCUAUUGGUUUCAUGCUCUAAAUGCCCAGGUGAUAAAGGUCCUUGCAGUGGCUACAAUAUUUCUAGGGCUUCAGCUGAUUGACUCCUCUUCAAACAUGUGGCUUGCUAAGGUCAUGGGAGGCUUUGUAGGCUGGGAAGUGCUGAUGUUUAUUCUACUGGAUACAGAUGUUAUAUGCAAAAAGAAAGAGAUUUAUCAAGAACCAGAGAAGACGAUAAAAAAUGAAAUUCUCCUGUUAAUUAUCUAUGUGUGUGGAAACCUGGCCUUUUUGAUAGCUCUUCUAGUAGGGAUUGGGCAGUCAUAAGAAAAUGGACUCCAGGAUUAUGUCAAGACCAAAGAAGCUCACCUUUUUGCUACAAGAUUGGAAUUUUUGGAAAGAUGCUGUGCAUAAUGAACUACUUUAGUCAUUCAUCUGUAUACCACAGGUUGUAAGCUACAGCUUGAAUUAAGAAAAUGAAGUUUGUCUCCGCAACAGAACCAAAGUUCCCAAAGAGAGAAAAUGAAUCCCAUCCCAGAUAUGAAUAUUCAACUGUAUAAUAUGAAUCCCAGUUUGAUGUUUGUAAUUGUCACACACAUGAUUUAUUUGUUACAUGUACCAUUUUACAUUUUACCAUUUAACUUUCAUUUAUUUAACAAAGGUACACAUAACAAUAUUCAUUUUUUUCAUAAUCCUUUUCACACUCUACAGCUCUUCCACAUAAUAGAUGUAUGAUGCAAUUCUGAAAUUUUGAGUAAACCAGUCACAUAUUGCUGGCAAAUAUCCACAUUUGUGUAUAAUAUACACAGACAUUUUCUACGCUAUAAUUUUGUUGACCAAGCUGUAAUAAGAAAUUAAUAUGGAGAUGUUGAAAUUAUGGCUUGUAAACUGAUAUUUCAAAAUAACUUGGAUUUGUACAUUAAUGUUUUUUAUAACUGAAAACAGUAUAAUGAAUGAAAAACAGUAAUUCUUGUUUAUUUUAUAUAAAACAGAUAAAGUAUAUUGUGUGUUUUUUAUCAGAGUAUCAGUUACAUUUUUUUCAUAAGGUGUUUUAUCUGUAUAAGUGGAAACUGCUAAACAAAGACAAACCCAAUAAUGAAAAUAUUUGUUUAUGAAAAAUGUUCUAGCUCCUUUUCUCAUGAACAACUAUUAAAACUUUCUAUGGCUUAUUUAUCACAA